AUGUGCCUCGCAGAGAACAUCUACUACAUCAACUGCGGCUGCUGGGAGGGUCAGCACAUCCGCUGGGUAUGCCCUCGCGGCGGGCCACGAGGCGGCGCCUGCCCAGACGUCGAGUGCGCCGGCGUAUUUCGCAAAUGGGGUCGCUGCCUCGCCUGCGAACGGCGCCAUACCCAACAGCGGCAGCAGCGUCAGGUCCUUGUUGGCGAUGACGAGGGCCACGAUGUCAAGUCGUACUCGGAAAUGGACACACGAGGAGAAGAGCUGACCGUGAGUUGGUUUCCUCGCAGGGCGCCGAACGGAACGAUGGCGCCGCGUGCUGUCGGCGAUGUGACGCCUGCGCAUCCGAGAACGACACAUGCCACCACGGAGAAGCCCCCGGGACACGCAGCACCGGCGAGGCAGUACCGAGACCGGAGAGGUGGGCCCUCGGCCGGAGCCUUUGCCAACCUCGAGCCGGGGGCCUCGAACAUUGUGACAAUGAGGACGCAGCCCUCCACGAGAAGACGCGCGGUCGGAGCCACCGAAACUGUGAGGCAUGUCACGCGCAACACCCAAGCCAAGUGA